AUGUCGCACCCUCAAGUCCUCUUCCCGCAAACCACCUUCACAGGGCCGUCGCUACUACAGGCUCGCCGUGAGACCAUCCAGCAGGUGACAGUAAAGGCACAGCUCAAGAAGUUGAAGGAGACGGGCCAGUAUGAGUGUUUCAAUCUCAAGUGGCAACCCAUCUACGACGACAAGUCGCGCUGGCCUUCGCCACCGCCAGUCUACUGGGACAGCGAUGUCGCCAAGUGGAUAGAGGGGGCCUGUUAUGUGCUUACGGAGCAGUAUGAUGUGGAAAUCGAUGCCGCCAUCCGCGAGCUGGUCCAGAUGAUCCGCAAUGCGCAGCAGGAGGAUGGCUAUAUCGACGUCUACUUCACCGUAAUCGAACCGGGGAAGCGAUGGACGAACUUGAGGGAUCAACAUGAGCUAUACAACGCCGGACACCUCAUGGAGGCGGCCCUGGCGCACAGCAACUAUUACAAAAAUGACCUGCUCAUCGAAGUUAUCCAUAAAUACAUAAAGCACAUUCGGCAGGUUUUCGGCCCUGGUAAAGAGCAAAAGCAUGGCUACCCGGGACACCCGGAAAUUGAACUUGCCUUGGUUCGCUUUUACUCGGUGACGGGGAACCAGGAUGCGUAUGAUUUGGCACAGUACUUCAUCGAGGAGCGCGGAAACCCCACGGGGCAAGACGGCAUGCCGUACUACGAAUGGGAGAGGGAGCAGAGGGGCGAUAGUCCCUGGAAACGUCCUGACUGCUAUCCCAUGCACCCUGGUUUAUGGUAUAGCCAGGCCCACCAGCCAAUCCUGCAGCAGAAAACGAUUGAAGGCCAUGCAGUGAGAGCCUUGUAUCUACUGACAGGAGUAGCAAACUUGGUCAGCCUGGACGAGUUGGGUAUUAAGGUGUUCCCGGGCAAGCAGCAAUAUCUCGAAGCCAUACGUACCUUGUGGAACAAUAUGGUGGAUAAGAAGAUGUAUCUGACCGGGGGUAUUGGUGCGAUAUUGCACUGGGAAGGUUUCGGCAUCGAUUACUUUCUACCUCAAGGCUCUGAUGAGGGAGGUUGCUAUAACGAGACAUGCGCCUCAAUAGGGGUCAUGAUGCUCGCGGAACGACUGUUGCAUGUGGAGCUGAAUUCCAAGUACGCCGACGUCAUGGAGCUGUGUCUCUACAAUGCUGUCAUGACUGCUACCUUGGGGAACGCCUUCACUUAUGUCAAUCAACUCGCAAGUUCUGAGAAGGAUAAAAGUAUCCGCGCCGCAUGGUUCGACACAUCUUGCUGUCCACCGAAUGUAUCACGCUUAUUCGGCAGCCUUGGCGGCUAUCUCUGGGACUAUGGUGGCCAUGGACAAGAGAUCUUUAUGAAUGUACAUCUUUAUACUACAGCGAAGGUCUCAUUCCAGGUUGAAGAACACCCUAUAGUCUUUGAGCAGAGAUCGGACUGGCCAUGGGAAGGGAACAUAACGUUUCAACUCGAAGCGCCCCCAUCUGCAAACACGACGAUUAGGCUUCGAAUUCCUGCCUGGGCCAGCGGGAGGUUCACGCUCACCCCAACGCUGAAAUCAGCCACUAUCGAGCAUGGCUACUUGGCACUGCCACCAUCAUAUACAACGGCUAACAAGGCCUUCAGUAUACGAAUCCACGGCUUUGAGCCUCGAUACAUUUCGCCCCACCCUUAUACGAACCAGCACACGGUGGCUCUAGCCCGGGGCCCGUUGAUCUACUGUGUGGAGGAUGUCGACAAUCCGUGGGAACAGGACCACUUUCGUAAUGUUGGCAUAACUCUUGACAGCCCAGUAAGCGAACAGAAGCGCGCGAUAGACGACAUGGGUGAGCACUAUAUCGGUCUCCGUGCCACCGGAUGGUCCCGCAAGAUGAACCAUUGGUCGCAUACGGAGCCGGGUCAAGCGCCCGGUUUCACCGUCGCGGCCGAGACGCCCAAGGAGGCUAGGGAACUGACAUUUAUCCCCUACUACCUGCGUGCCAACCGCGGAGGUAAGGGGCACAUGAGGGUUGGUUUGCUAAACGUUGACUAAUGCGGUGGCAUGGCCACUGCAGCUCACCCGCUGUCGCACUUUAUCAAAAUCCCAGCUAGCAGGUCUUGGUUCACAGCUUAUCCCUGGCAAAUCGUCGGGAGGAUCUAUUACAGUAUAAAUGCGGGUGCCCGUAAUGGAUCUAUUGAUCCCUGUGCCGACACGCUACCCGAUGCUACGUUGCCGCUUUUCUAUGAAUUCGACCGAGAAACUCAAUAAGAGAAAGGCUCUUUUGCAAUAGUUGGCUCGGCAGGUCGAAUCAUAUAUUUGACUCUUAAACAUGAUGCAGACCUCCUACUUCAUCACCAUCCGUCCGUCCAACUCGCCAAGACCCGGUCUUAUUGAGAUUAUCGAGCUUACUGGGCUUCAAUCUUGGCUGUCGUGCCCAGGCUGAGAUAGACGUAAUCUUCACGCCGUAAGCCAAGUAGGGCCGCGGCAUCCAAUUUAAGCAAUGAAGAAAGAAUCUAUAGUCGCACAUGUACUGGCCAAGCCCAAGACCCUCGAUACUUAACCGAGACGGCCGAGAGCUGAAGCGUUCGAGCCAGCGGUCCGCUUGACAUGGCCAAGCGAUACUUGUUCAUGCAUAUCAGUGGGCGCUUCUUAUGGUAGCGAAUCCAAAGGCGGCAGUGAUGAUGGUCACAGGAGAGAUAGCUGCAGAUUGCAUGUGGG